CCGCUCUGGGAAGCCUUGCUUUGACCUUGAGAUCACAUAAGUAGGGCUUCGUUACAUGGAGCCUCAGAUAGUACCAUUGUUGAAGCUUACACCAUUAGAUAACCCACCGAAAUUCUUAAUACCUCUACAGUCUGCUGGAAAGUUUGUUAAGAAGUUAAGGGAGUCCGAGGCCAAUGUUGUGGACUCGCAGGCCAAUCGUUCCGGUUCUGAUGAGGACCAGAGAGCAUUACAAGCUGGUCUGUUAUACCUGGCUCUCACUGAGCCAGAUCCUAGGCACUCAUUUUGUACGGAUAUAGUAUUGACCUCUCGUGACAACUUAACUUAUGUCCUGUCAGAAAUGACCCGCUUGGUUGCGGAAACGUGGCCAAAAAUGACCCAAAGUGUCCGAUGCAACCUUAUAUCACUGUUGGGGGAGUUUAUAUCGACGAAGACUGCUAGUGUCGAAGUGUUGAUGCUCCACGUGUAUCGAAGAAUGACAACUGGUGAUAUUUCUCCUCAAAACCUGUGGCUCAUAGACAGCAUGGCGGAUCUUCUGGAAAAAAACAAAGAUUGGCUAGGGAGUUUGGAAAGACAACCGUUUUUGCUUCCCCUAACUGUAUAUACCUUACUUCGGCUCAUCCCAGAUCAUCAUUUAUCUCCUCAACAGGCUUCACUGGUCAAUUCAAAUCCUUCCAUUCAUCUGUCCAAGUUACGACAGAAAGAAUUGGCUUUGGUUGAGGAGCUUGUUCGGAAGAAUUUUGACCGUUGCGCCCAAAUUGGCCGUGAUUUCAUUCGUCUCCUACAUGGUGUCGCACGUCUGGAACCUAUGAAGCGUUUGUGGGAUGAUAUACUACAAAAUAUUUCUUCUUUGUCGUCUCAUUUUUCAAGUCCCUCUGAAAUUUUGGAAAUCACCACACCUCAGUGUUUUACACAGACCCUUAUACCACAUGAAAUGGAACAGUGGGUUCGUUGGAUGAUGAAAAAUGUUCAUUGUGUUCCGAGAGUUCCUGUUCAUCGUUAUCAAGACUUUUUCCAAAGGAAAUUCUUCUCAACUCCAGAAAGUCAGAGUCUUCGUGUGUGCCUUUUGCGUUACGUUGUGACUUACUUCUAUCCUGAUAAUGAAAUGUUAGCCUCCACUUUAAUACCACGGUGGAAUGUGGUUUCUUGGAUUCUUUCUCAAUCUACAUGUCCUGUUGCCACUGUUAAUGCUAAAUUGGCUCUGUUUUAUGAUUGGCUCUUUUUCAAACCAAAUGAUUGUAUAAUGAAUUUGGAACCUGCUUUAUUAGCUAUUAUGAAUCAUCUUAAUCCGCGUUCACAGCUGAUCGCAUUUUCACUCGUCGACUUUUUGAUUAAAAUUGUUGGAACCUAUUAUCCCCCAAUGACUGAAAGAAUCGUUAUGGGUGUCCGUUCUGGUCUGGAAGAAAUGAUUCGUUUAGGUGUUGUAAAAAGCAUCGCUCCUCUAUUCGAGUUUUUACACCGUUCGUCUUCUUUGGAUUUGUUGCGAUCACUUCGUGUUUUGUUGGGUCUUGAACCUAAUACUACUUUGACAAGUAUAGCAGUUCCACCUGUGGAAAACCCUAGUCGUCCGACACCUGAAAAAUGGCCAGGAUCAGGUGAUACUCCAGUGGUGAGCACGAACUUGAGCUCUGUUGCGAAUACCACGGUUGUUUCUCGCAAUCAAACUACUACAUCUUUAACGGUCACUAGGUCUUUAUCACCAGUCACAUUAAUGACAGAUAGUGGACCACCAACAGAUCCUCGUCUGACACGGGGUCACGCUGCUAUUCUCGCUGGGGCUGUUCCCCCAAAUUUAAAUUCUACAUUAACUGAAAAUCUUCCUAAACCUAUUUUAACAACAUCCGAAAUAAUUCCAAGUCUUCAGCCAGGCAUACCAAAUACUUUACAGCAAAAUCCAUCACCAUUUACUAUUUCACAGGAUGACUCAAAAACUUCAAUUAUCCCUGCACGUAAUACGUUACCUUCACUACCAUCUCUACCACGUAGUUCUCAGCAAUUAACAGAAGUUCAAAUAACCGAUGACUUGGAUAUAAUGGAGAUUAAUAUUUUGGAAAAUAAACCAACACUCACAAGAACUGCCACCUGGAGCCCACCACCAAUAGAAAGUCGACGUGUAAUCAAGAAAUCAGUUGACCAUGAACCAGAUACUCCAGAUUCACUGGAGUUCAAAAUUGAUAGUCUCCGGCGUCGAUUUCAAGAUUAUCAAAUUAGAUUUCAUUACUUUGUCGAAUCUGUUGACGUAAAUUCCCUGAUUAAGCAACUUGAUGGACCUAUACGAACAGCACUGGAACAGUUUCGUGAUGUAGCUAAACAAGUUGGUCUAAUACGUAAUUCUUCGAUUGGUUUAUGUGCUUCACAAAAUUUGGAUGAUUUGGAUAAUGGCUGCUAUGAUCAGGAACAAAAUUCCUCCGUAUAUCUUCGCUCUGCGUCUGUUCUUAAUGAUUUGUGCGAGUCAAUGGAGGCUCUCAUUCAAGCGGUACUUGUUGAAGACAGCUUCGAUGAUUUAGAGAUCGCUGGUCGGACAGCAGCUGUUGUAUGCGAAUUACUGUUCUGUUUAUUUGCACAACGUUUGAUGCCUGUUGGAGUUGAGUGGUCUGAAGAACAUUUGGAAGAUUGCUUAGAAUUCCCGAUAUUUAUUCCUUUCCGUCAUCUUUUACAAAUGAAUCCGGGUGAUCCCAAACGUGAAUUGCUCUUAUUAUUGUUAACAGAAAUGCAAACUCGACAACCUCGUCUCGGUUAUCAUUUAUUAUUUUUCCUUAAAAUUAGCAAAGUAAAUGAUGAAAAAAUGUCGAUUUAUCGUAAUUUUUGUGCUAGUCAAGAAAAUCCUAACUUACGAGAUUCUUUAUUCAAGGAUAUGCAAUUACUGUCCGAUGAUAAUCGUCGCCUGUUCGCAUAUUUACUUCCAGACGUAUUCACUGUGUUUUCAUCUGAACUAUCUAAUGACACGGAAUUUCUUCGAUUAAUUGUUGCCACCAUUGAUCCUGGAAUGUGUAAUUCUCUUAUAAGUGAAAUAGUUCGUGGACAUUUGAAUCUCUUUCCGAAUAACGAUUUGACCAAUAUCUUAAAUGCCAGUCUUGAAUGGAAUUCCAUCGAACAGUUAUUCUUUUGGCAGUUGAUCAAUGCUCAUGAAAUUCCAACUAAUCGAUUUCUACCAUUGAUUCAUUCUGUCGAUUCAUUUAAGCAUCCUGAAGCAUGUUCCAAUUUGAUUCUUCUCCUUAAAUUAGAAAAACCUAGCUUUGAAUUAGUUCGUGCUUUACUAUCUCGUCGUAAUUCAAAUGAUUUACUGUCAAUGACUGCACUGCACUUUUGGAGCUGUCCGGAUAAUCAACAUGCUGGACGUUUCUCAAACAUUUUAUGUUCGUUUAUCAAUGCACCUUUAUCUUCAACAAAUGCAGUUGGUGUAUCUUCAGCUACUAAUAAUCAAAAUAUGAAAGACGUCAAAGAUAAACGCCGCAGUUCUUCAAAACAUCAGUUGUCACCUGAGGAUUGUGUGGACCUAUCACUCAUCCUUACCCACUUGGAUUCUCUUCGAAGAAAUUGCAAAAAUAUAUCACGUAAUUCACUGCCUUUUAGUCUUUUCAUUAUUUUAAAAAUUGCUUUUAUAUUCAUGUUUCAUUAAUUAUAUACUUUGUUUCUUGCAUUGAAUGUUUUCCUGUUUUAACUUCAGAUAUUCAUCGUUCCACCGUCGAAAACAAUGCUACGAUAUUUCAGUAUUUCAGCGAAUCUUGUUUUUUUUCUAUAUAGGCUUAUCAAUCACAAUUGUCGCAUGAGAGCUAACUACUUUUGACCACUGAUAUUUCACAAAGCAAUCAAAAUAUGUGAUAGUAUCCCUUUGUAACUAAGCGUCAAAUUUUAAGUCGAUAGAAUUUUUAUUGAGAUCAUAAACCGACCUAAGUUAGACAAUCGUUGAUACACUAAAAGGGUUGUACGUCUAUUUCGUCCUGGUAUCGGACUCCUCAAAAAUGCACAUUCACGACCGCACAACCAGGGAUCGAAUUUGUGGACGUUUGACCACCAGACCACUGGCUGGAGUCCAGUAAUGGACAAAUUAAAUCCCAAUCAGUCCGCGAUAUUGCUUGACUGUCAUUGUCUCCAGUGGAUUUCAAUCAUGUCGAGUAUAAGGUUCUCAAUGGAAGAUGGUAGUUCACUAUCUCGAAUUGAUCGGGAUUAAAUUUGUUCGUCAUUGAACUCCUAAUUACUGGUCUGGUGGUUAGGCGUCCGGGGGGGAGACCGAAGGUCCUGGGAUCGAUCUCUGGUUGUGGGGUCGUGGAUGUUCACUUCUGCAGAGUCCCAUAUUGGAACGAAACAACCAUCCAGUGCUUCGAGGUUUUCAUCGGUUGUCUAACUAAAAUCAGUCAUUAAUGUAAACUAUAAAAAUGUAACAAUCUCCAUAGCCCUUAUACUGAUGUAGAAUUUCUUCUGUAUCCGUUUUUGGUAAUUAAUUUGCACUAAGCUAUUGUGUUCCAUUCUCAUCUACAUAUGUUGGAAGUUUUGCUAGAACUUGAAUUUCGAAUAAAUUCACCAAACAUUUUACAUGUCCGAUAACCAAUUUAAUUAAUCAUUCUUAACUUUGAAAUGAUUUUCUCAGAACUGUUUGAAUGUUGCCUUUUAUUAUUUCAUGCUUUUUAAUGAAUUUUUCUCCUCAAGUAUUGCAAGAUGAUGAUAUACAAUCAGCUCUUCAAUCUUUAGUGGUAUCACCUAAACUAUCUCCAAAUCUUAAAGAUCGUUUCUCUGACUUAUUGGCAUUAGUUGAAGAUCUUCCAGCAACACCUAGUGAUUGUCAUUCACAAAUACCAGACUCUUUGUCACGUUGCAAUUCUUCAGUUCAUAUUAAUGGUGAUGUGUAUAAAAGUGACGUUAGAAAAAAUUCAUCUGAUCGAAUAAAACCUACAAGUCAUGGUGGUAGCAAAGGUGGACAUAGUCUUCGUAAUUUAGAUUCACGUCGAGCAGCUGAAGCAGAAAGGCGGCAAGUAGUUUCAACUUACAGUAGUAAUUCAACUUCUUCAAAACGACAUAAUCAAAGUGAUAGUCAGUUGAAUAAUUUCGAUGGUGAUUCUGAUGGAAAUGAAGUUGGUUCUGUGACUAGUGAUUCGUCAUCUUGUUCGUCCGAAGAAGAAGAAGAGUCAGCAAUCAGCAGAAAAACUAGAAGUGGAGCAAUGCGUUCUGUAGACAAAUCUACGAAUAAAUUAAAAACAAGUGGAGGCAAACGUGUAAACAGUGAGGUAGCAGUGUCAAAGGAUCGUAAGUCAACAAAUAAACGUUCAUCUAGUCGUCAAGAAGUAGAUGAUGAAUCUGUUAAAAGCGAAGAUGAUGAGGAUGAUGAAUAUGAAGACCGUGUAUUGGAAGUUGUUGUGAUUGAUGAUGAAAGUGGCGAUGAUUCCAAUAGUUCCAAAGCCACUACGUCGCGAGGUAAUAACAAUAGUAAUAAUAAUGAUAAUGAUGAAGUCGAUGACGAUUGCAGGAUACGUCCAUCAAAACGUCGUAAAACAACAAUAAAGCGUUUUAUGUUAGAUGACUAGUUAUAACGUUAGAAAAUUUCUAUUUUGUAUAUAUUUAGACUUAUAUUUUUCAACGUUAUCUUUUAAUUGCUAAUUCGGAAUUGAAUGUCCUGCCAAAAUAACCUUGUACAUAGAAUCUAUUGUUUAACAAAUUGUACAGUAUUUCAGUACUUUUUUUACUUAUGUUUGUGACUUCAAAAUUCUUAUAUUCUUUGAUUCAAUCUUGACUCUUAAUUGUAUUAAAUGAAGAUCCUUGCUUCUAACAAGCUAACUUUUGACUAAAUACAGAUGUUUUUAUGGAGAAUAUUCCGAUUUACUUCUUUUAAAAAAAUUCUAUUGAUGUCUACCAGAGGUUGUAUCUAUAUAAAAGUGACUGGGAACACUUAUCUUCGAAGUAUAAUCAUCAGUUUUCUUUCCACUAGUUUAAUCCUUGAAUAUUUAUCAUGUUC